GAAAUAACCAUCUAUAUAACAAUUUUGUGAAAUGGAGCUGUAACAGACGAACAUCUUUAAUUUGAUCGAGGCACAGAAUGUCUCUGGAAGACCCAUUUUUCGUUGUCAGAGAUGAAGUACAAAAGGCUGUUCAAUCAUCUCGUAAUUUGUAUGACCGAUGGUGUGAACUCCUGGAAAAUCCAAAGUCAGUAUCUAAGGAAGAAUAUGAUUGGACAACCAAUGAGUUGAGAAAUAGCUUGCGGAGUAUAGAAUGGGACUUGGAGGAUUUGGAGGAGACCGUAGGUAUUGUGGAAAAAAAUCCAAAGAAGUUUAGAAUUGAUACCUCAGAGUUGCUUGACAGAAGAGCUUUCAUUGAUCGAACCAAGUCAGCUGUCCUGCAAAUGAAAUCUCACUUAACCAGUCCAAAAGCUAAGCCAAAGGAAGAUAUGGGACCUCGGCAGGCAUUAAUAUCUAAUGGAGCUGGUAAACAAUAUGAUCGUUACACCAAACUGGACCAAGAUAUGGAGCGUGCAAACCAGAGGUUUAUAGAUGACACUACCCAACAGCAACAGCUCCUGAUAGAAUCUCAGGACGACCAGUUAGAGAAGAUAGGGACCAGUGUUGGGGUUCUGAAAAACAUGAGUCACCAAAUAGGCAACGAACUAGAGGAACAGAAUAUCAUGCUGGAUGACUUUGGCCACCAGAUGGAUACAACAGAAUCCAAGAUGGAUGCAACUAUGAAAAAGAUGGCAAAAGUUUUACACAUGUCUAAUGAUAAACGACAGUGGUGUGCAAUAUUUGUUCUUCUAGGUGUAUUACUUAUUGUUGUAAUACUUUUCAUGGUGUUGUGAUCUAAAUGGAUAACUAUCAUUGCAAUGCAAAGCCAUUAUUCAGUCUUGACCACUGAUAUGAACUUCAUCAAGCAGAGGAUGCCUUUCAAACACAACAUUCACCUUGCCCAUUCCUGGAAUAUUGUUUGGGUAAAAUGUAAGUUCAGUUCUCUAGUCAGAGUUAAACUUGCAUGUAUGGGACCUUAGCUUGAGACUGCCAAGGUGAUAUCUGAAUUUGAAGAUGUUCAUCUCAUUCAUCUGAGAAAGACUGCCGUUAGUAAGUGACCUAUGACUGAGGAGACCUUCAGCCUUUUCAGGAUCACAGAAGAUGUCAUCCGCUGGAUUGGCUGUCGUGAUGCAGUUGUAAGGAGGUCAAUGUUCCAGCAGUGCAAGAGUCAAUAUCCCACUGAUGUUUUCAAUAUUAAAUUUGUUUUAUUGUAGGUGAAUGUUAAAUUUGAGUUACUGAUGGUGAAAAAAUUUUAAGUUCAUGAUAUACCCUACAUGUGAAAGUGAUUGUUAUUAGGUUCAAUAUGAUUUGAAGAAUUAUAAGCAAGAAAAUUACUGUAUAUCGUGAAUUUCUGCGUGUAUCAAAUUUUUGAGAGUCUAGCAAUCUGUUAAAAUUCACAAAAAAAAAAUGAAAUUGCAAAAUUUACAUGUUUUCUUCUUUUUAUGGUAAACACAAGUGUAAAACAUUGAUAGAGUUCAUGUGCCCAUGUGCACCUGAACACAUGAGUAAUACAUCUAAAGUGGUGCCGUACCUACAUGCACCUGAAAACUUUCUAGACAUGAAUACUUUCAUAACAAAUAAAUACUAGUUGGUAUUUAGAUCUCUUAUCUAAAAUGACUGGUCAGUUAGAUCUUCAGUUGAUGUUUGAACCUACACUGGUAUAUAUGUAACCUAUGUUUAUUCUAAAGUAUUCAAAGUCUUCAAAAGAUGCCUUUCAAAUUUCUGAGAUGAUGAAAUUGCAAAAAAUUUAAUAAACAAACAUUACAAAAGUACUUAUCUAGGAUUUUCAUUAAAGUUGCACUGCUCAAAAACAUUCCGAUAUAUAGUAUUUAGUGUCAAUCUCGACAUUCAGCCCAGUAUGAAAUCUGUUUAUCUCAUCUCUAAUCAAGAACAGAACAUUACUUAGAAUUCAAAUAAUACAUCAUAAAGCAUUAUAUAUGUCAGGAUUAUCAAUAUAAAUAUUUUUCACCAAAGACCAGUCGACAUGAAAUUUAAAAUAGAACAAAAAUUUAUGUGAUGCUUUUGCCUUAGUAAAGUAUAAAUAACGAUGUCAUAGAGAAGUCAUAUUUAUUACCCAAUGUAAACAGUGCACUUGUACCAAGGCAAAAUGUGUUGUAAAAUAAUAAGCUUUCUAUGUACCUAAAUUCUGCUGACAUAGUCAGCAUUAUGUGACAAUAAUUGAUUAUUUAUUCUGUGUUGUUGAUGAGAGAAAUUUUACCCAUUGUUUCUGGAAGGUUGUUACUGAUUGGGAUGUGAGCUGGUAUGUUUUGAGAAAAUGAACUCGGUUAUAAACUGAAAGUUAAUGACAUUUUAAAAUGUAUGUUAUUUAUUUUCAUGUAUUUUUAACUGUGGAUAUGUAUGAUAUAUGAAAAUGUAUUUUGUGUGCAGUAAAAAGAUCUAGUGACUGGAUAUUUUUAGGAUUUUCUUACAAAGCUUGGUAUAGAUAUCAGUCAGCAGUGCAUUUUUUACAUCAUAAACAUUGUUUAAGUUUUACUUUGUAUAUAUCAAUGAUUUAUAGAUAGAUGGUCGCUAUAUACAUGUGUUCACUGAAGAAACAUGCCUUUAUCAGCAUAAAGGAAGACCUUUACAGAAGAACUGUUUGAUGAAAGAAGAUUAAAUCUUAAAGACUUUGUCAAAGACAGAAUGUUUUUCAGAGAAUGUCUUUCAAGUUAGGAGCUGAAUAUCUUUUUAAUUCUUUCAAGAACUGAUGAAUACACAUUACAUUGUAAGAUUUUGGGAAAAAUGCUUCAGAUAUUGGGAAGGCAAAUUUAGAUAUUGGGAGAAUCUUAUCAAUAUUGAGAUGAUAAACUGACAUUGUAGGUAUUGGGACCGUAAACUCAUAUUUUCAGUACUUGAAAGGUAAACUUAUACUUAGGUACUAUUAAGAGAAUGAACUCAUUUUGUCAGUAUUGGAAGGGUAAACUAACGGUUAACUUAGGUACGUUGUAGAUAUUGGGAAAAUAAAUUAUAUUGUGAAGGUAAACUUAGGUACAUGGUGGAUAUUAGGAAGGUGACCUCAUCUUGUCAGUAUUGAGAAGAGGAACUAAGGGUAAACUGAGGUACGUUUUAGAUACAUGUAUUGGGAGGACCAACCAAUGAGAUGGUAAACUUACGUACAUUGUAGAUACUUGUAUUGGGAGGACCAACCAAUGAAAUGGUAGACUUGCAUACAUUGUAGAUACUUGUAUUGGGAGGACCAACCAAUGAGAUGGUAAACUUACAUACAUUGUAGAUACUUGUAUUGGGAGGACCAACCAAUGAGAUGGUAAACUUACAUACAUUGUAGAUACUUGUAUUGGGAGGACCAACCAAUGAGAUGGUAAACUUACGUACAUUGUAGAUACUUGUAUUGGGAGGACCAACCAAUGAGAUGGUAAACUUACGUACAUUGUAGAUAUUGUGAAGGUAAAUGGAUAGUGCCAACUGGAGUAUUACCUUGCACUUGUGUAAUAUAUAGGAAGAAUGAGAUGUUUCCAUCAUUUGGUUAUCUUCAUAUUAAAGCAUUUUACAUGUAUCACAGUGUGGAUGUUUGAAGUAGACCUAUCUGGAUGAGAUAGCAUUCCAUUUUGGCAUCUUCUUUUAAAAACAAGCAUUUCAAUUUCAAUGCCAUAUCCAAGACUUCAUCAAACAAAUUAAUAAAGUUUGUGUCUUGAUGUAAAGUAAUUACUAAAUAAGUUCAGAUAUACACUCAAUAUGUUUAAAAUGGACAUAUUUCCAGUAUUUGCUGUUCUUUUAUAUAUCAAUAGAGGGAGGUUACUACAUGGUGUUACCUAGUAUGUGAACAACUAUACACAGAAAAUGUUAAUAGUUAAAAUUAAGGGUGGUAUUUGGAGUUGAUAUCAUUCAAUGGCUGGACCAUUGUAUCAUUGGGAAUGAAUAAAAAUAAUAGAACUAGUAUGUAUUCCAUGUGGUCUUCUUUUGUCAAUCAGCAGGACACCAGAAGAAUACUGAGUUGUAGAAAGGAAAAACUUUACUUAUUAGUAUUUAAUACAUUGUUUGAUGUAGAAAAAUGGGGCUUAUUUUUCAUCGUUCUCAGUAAAUUUUUUUAGAGUAUUUAAUCAUUCCACAAAAUGCAGGAUUAGACAACAGAUUUUUACACUUAUUUUGCAUUAAAAAAAUCAUGAA